AUGAACGAUCUUCCAAGGGACUUGGUAGAGGAGGAGAUACUCUCUAGAGUUCCGUUUACAUCUCUCAAAGCAAUACGAUCAACUUGCAAAUAUUGGAACGGUUUAUCGAAAAAACAGAUUAUCGGAAAAAAAGCAGCAAGGAAGAAUCAGUUGAUGGGGUUCCUGACGAUGGACUAUAGCGUUUUUUCAAUGAAAUUUGAUCUCCAAGGAAUCCACGACGACGACGACGACGACUACAAUUCUGUUAGUCCAUCUGUGAAGCAAGUAAGUGUAUUCGAUCAGAUAAAGGUAACUGAAAUCCUUCACUGCGACGGCUUAUUGUUGUGCGUCCUCGAGGACAGGCUCUUGGUAUGGAAUCCUUAUUUGGGUCAAACCAGGUGGAUCCAACCCAGAGAAAAUUUCUACGUCUCCGACAGGUAUGCUAUCGGUUAUGACAACAACCGUAACCACAAAAUCUUGAGAGUUUUCGGUGAGCAGGAAACGGUUGUUGGUUACGAAAUCUAUGAUCUUAGCUCUAGUUCAUGGAGUGUUUUUGAUGUCACUCCCGACUGGGAGUGUAAGAUACCCUUUUAUCAAGGCAGCGUUUCUUUGAAGGGACAUGCUUAUUUUUUGGGUGAAAGCAGAUUUGCCUGGGAUAUCUUAGUCUCUUUUGAUUUUACAACAGAGAGAUUUGGACCGCCUCUGCUUCUGCCUUCUUGUGAUUAUUUCCCUAUGUCUCUAUCUUGUGUUAGAGAAGAGCAGCUCGCUGUGUUAUAUCUUGACGAUCUUCACUGGGAGAUUUGGAUUACGAACAAGAUUGAUCCCUAUGAGGUGUCGUGGAGCAAAUUACACUGCCUUAAUCAUUUUUCAAUUGACCUAUAUAGUGGGAGUUUUCUCAUUGACGAGGAGGAGAAUGUUGCUGUGGUUUUUGAUCUAGAUCACCUAUAUAAAGGGGCACACCAACAAGCUCACAUCCUUGUAAAGGAUGACUACUACAAAUCUGUGAAUCUCAGAGAAACUCGGUAUUUUAAUAAACCUUGUGGCGAACGUGUAGCUGUUUCACCUGUCUGCUCUUCUUAUGUUCCAAGCUUAGUGCAACUCCAAAUCAACCAGCCGGGCAAAGAGAAAGAAACUCAUCUAUAG